AACGUCUGAUAGAAAAAAAAAACCAACAUGGCUGCGCCCUGUUCUUACGAAACAGUGUAAUGAGUGUUCAUUGUGUUGGAGAUCUUCUAGUGACUUUGGUUACAUAAACAAAAUUGUUUAUAACUAAGUACUUUGGUAAAAAAUGUUUCCAAUGUCGCGUCACUUGAUUUUACGAAGUAUGUGUAGAUUAAAACGCGUGGUUAAUACACCAACAGUGCUUCGACAGCAGACUUUUAUACAUAACAAGGCAUUUAGGACAGAAUUUCAAGCUAGGCAUAGGAUAAUCCAGAACUUUCUAAGAGACCAGAAGAGAUUCAAAUCCGAUAAAACCGAUCAUGGAGACAAGACACCAAUCUCCUGGAGGAUAUCUAUUGUCUGUGCUAUUCUUGGAGGACUCUAUGCCCUUCAUCUUUACAACACCAUGAAAAACCAGGAUCUUAAAGAAGCUAGAGAAAAGAGAAAGAAGUUGGGUACGGCAGCUAUUGGAGGUACUUAUGAGCUGAUAGAUUUUGAUGGGAAGACUCGCACGGACAAGGACUUUCUGGGACAGUGGAUAUUGCUCUACUUCGGAUUUACUCACUGCCCUGACAUCUGUCCUGAUGAAAUAGAGAAACUUGUAAAAGUGGUGGACAAAAUUGAUGCAGAUAAAGAGUUACCAAACCUACAGCCUGUAUUUAUAACAGUUGAUCCAUUAAGGGACACACCUAAAGCGAUGAAACAAUAUUGUGAAGAGUUUUCUCCCAAGAUAAUAGGCCUUACAGGGUCUAAAGAGAAGAUUGACGAGGCUUGUAAGAAUUUCCGAGUGUACUACAGUAAAGGUCCAGAGGAUGAGGACGGUGACUACAUUGUGGAUCAUACCAUUAUUGCCUACCUGUUAAAUCCGAAGGGAGAGUUUGUUGAGUACUUUGGUAAAAACAAAACCUAUGAUACGCUAGUGUUUGAAAUCAAAGAGUACAUGAAGAAAUAUGCAGUGUUUGAAGAUUAAUAUUGGAGCAUAUAUUAAUUUCUAGUGUAAACGAUAUAUCAAUAAAACCUGUGUUCUUUCA